AUGGGGGAAAUGCCUUUUGUUUCGGAUUUCAUGAGCACCUUCUACAGCGGCCCUAAGUCGCAAAGCCCUGACCGGAGAGUGACGGUCACUCAAAUAAAGCAGAAGCAUAGGAAGGGCGAGCCCAUCACAGCUGUCACGGCCUAUGACUACCCCUCGGCGGUGCACUUGGACUCUGCUGGGAUAGACAUUGCUAUAGUCGGCGACUCGGCUGCUAUGGUUGUUCAUGGAUAUGAUACCACUCUCCCUAUAACAUUGGAGGAAAUGCUUGUUCACUGCCGAGCGGUGGCGCGUGGGGCCAAGCGCCCGCUUUUGGUUGCGGACUUGCCGUUCGGCUUCUACGAGUCUAGUUCCAUUCAGGCUAUUGAUUCAGCGAUGAGGAUUUUAAAGGAAGGGGCAAUGGAUGCAGUGAAAUUGGAAGCAGGGGCACCUUCGAGAAUUACUGCAGCAAAAGCUAUUGUUGAGGCUGGAAUUGCUGUGAUGGGGCAUGUAGGACUUAUUCCACAGGCCAUUAGUGUACUCGGUGGUUUUAGGCCUCAAGGAAGGAAUGUUGCCAGUGCUGUAAAGGUUGUGGAGACAGCUCUGGCUUUGCAAGAAGCGGGGUGCUUUGCGAUUGUAUUGGAAUGUGUGCCGCCACUAGUGGCAGCUGCUGCAACAUCUGCUCUUCAGAUUCCUACAAUUGGUAUUGGAGCAGGGCCUUUUUGCAGUGGUCAGGUGCUAGUUUACCACAAUCUUCUUGGAAUGAUGCAGCACCCACAUUAUGCAAAGGUUACCCCAAAAUUCUGUAAGCAAUAUGCACAUGUUGGAGACAUCAUCAACAGAGCUCUAUUAGAGUACAAGGAAGAAGUCAACAGUGGUGCGUUUCCGGGUGCUUCCCAGAGCCCAUAUAAAAUCAAUGCUGCUGAUGUUGAUGGCUUUGUUAGCGAGUUACAAAGGAUGGGUUUGGACAAGGCAGCAUCUGCAGCGGCUGAAGUAGCUGACAAAAAUAAUACAAGCAAAUCAAAUUAA